ACGACAUGCUUGGUAACAACAACUGUUGUGAAAUUUCGGAUAAAGAAAACAUUACACCUAACAUACAAAAAAAAUGCAUGCAGAAAAAGCAUCAUUGCAGCCAUCAGACAGCUCUUCGAGCUACAUGACACCAAGCACUAAACAUUUCUUAGGAACAGAAUCAAAGAAGACACAGCAGAGUGGAGAGAAGUUAUCAUUAAUAAAACGUGGAAUAAAGCGUGCAAUACCUUCCAAUGAUGACGAAAAUGAAAUUUCACUGAAAACACGAAGAAUUCAAAAGCUUUUUGAUCAGGAAGUGGAAUUGAAUACAUUAAAAAUAGAGCACGAAAAAAAAAUGUGUGCUUUAAAAGAGCAGCAUUUGAAAAAAAUGCAGAAGCACGAGUUACGUGCAGCUAUAGCUACAGCAGAAAUAGCCGAAUUGCAGUUAACAAUCACAAAAAAGUAAAAAACUUCCACACUCAAAAUUUAAUGUUACAUGAAAUAUUGGAUAGUAAGUUCAUUUUUUGAUAUAUUAAGUAUUACGAUAAAGACUGAAUUCUAUUGCAAUUAUUAAGAGAUA